UAAUCGUUCUGCAUAUACGUUUCAUCAUCCUCUUCAUCAUAACAAGUUAACAACAUCAAUAAUUAUAAUCUUUAUCUUCCAUCAAAUGGGAUCAGGUUCCUCUCCUUGUGCUUCUUGCAAAUUGUUGAGAAGGCGUUGCAUACAAGAAUGCAUCUUUGCCCCUUACUUUCCUUCUGAUGAUCCACGCAAGUUUGCCAUUGUUCAUAAGGUCUUUGGUGCUAGCAAUAUCAGCAAAAUGCUGCAGGAGCUUCCAAUUCAUCAAAGAGCAGAAGCAGUAAACAGUUUAGUUUAUGAAGCAAAUGCAAGAGUGAGAGAUCCUGUUUAUGGAUGUGUUGGAGCCAUAUCAUACCUUCAAAGUCAAGUUUCACAAUUACAAAUGCAACUUGCAGUAGCUCAAGCAGAGAUACUCUGCAUCCAGAUGCAACAAGACUCUGCCACUGUUACUGACUCAUUACCAACACAUGUUGACCAAGAUGACAAAUUCAUGCUCUUAUCUGAAAAUAAUAAUUGCUAUGGAGUCCUUCCACAAUAUCUCAACUUUCCAUCUUCUUCUUCAUCAUCUUCUAAUGUAUUCCAAGAUUAUGAGCCUCUUAAGAGUGAGACUUUUUGGACUUAAGUUUGAUAACUAAUAAUUAAUCCUCAAUG